UGCUGCUGAGAGGAGGAGGAGGAGGAUGAUGAAGAGUUGGGCUUGUUUGUCUCCCACAGUUUCUCUCCUGCUGCUCUGACUACCCCCCAUCCCUAUUCCGGCCCGAGGCCUGUGUGUGUCUCCCGGAGGAGGAGGAUCCAGUUCCUCCCCCCACCCCCUCCUCCCAGCCCCCCCUUGCCUGGGGAAGAGGAGGAAAGAAACAGCCCAGAGAGAGAGAGAGUGAGAGAGUGAGAGUGAGAGAGGGAGCGGAGAGGCGAGGAGGAGGAGGAGGAGGAGGGAGAAGGGAACAACCUACCAUCUUAACACACUAAUACCUAAAAAGUGCGAGAGGCCCAGAGCAGCAGUACAGCGGCGGCAGCAGCUCCAGCUUCUUCCCUCCCUCCCAUGAAGAAGAGUUCCCUCCUCCUCCUCCUCCCGCUGCUCCUGCUCAGAGUUCCUGCCUCCAGCUGCCAGGGGGACAGCCGCCAGCAGCAGGAGGGUGCAGUAUCCCAGGGAGCAAGAAACCUGAAAGAGAGCCAGUUUUCCCAAAAUUGCUGCAGUGAGAAGAGGAAUUUGUUUUAAACAGAGGUUGAAGAAACUAUAGAAUUAGUAGACAAGAGAAAGUGGAGAAGGUAGAGGAUGGAGUUGCAGACUCUACAGGAGGCUCUUAAAGUGGAAAUUCAGGUUCACCAGAAACUGGUUGCUCAAAUGAAGCAGGAUCCACAGAAUGCUGAUUUAAAGAAACAGCUUCAUGAACUCCAAGCCAAAAUCACAGCUUUGAGUGAGAAACAGAAAAGAGUAGUUGAACAGCUACGGAAGAACCUGAUAGUAAAGCAGGAACAACCGGACAAGUUCCAAAUACAGCCAUUGCCACAAUCUGAAAACAAGCUGCACACGGCACAGCAGCUGCAGCCACAGCAGUACCACCACCACACCCAGCCGGCCACGCCCUCCCCUGGCCUGACCGCUUCCCAGAAGACUGUAACUACAGCUUCUAUGAUUACCACAAAGACACUACCUCUCGUCUUGAAAGCAGCAACUGCAACUAUGCCUGCCUCUGUCGUGGGCCAGCGGCCUACCAUUGCUAUGGUGACCGCCAUCAACAGUCAGAAGACUGUGCUCAGCACUGAUGUGCAGAACACACCAGUCAACCUCCAGACGUCUAGUAAGGUCACUGGGCCAGGAGCAGAGGCUGUCCAAAUUGUGGCAAAAAACACAGUCACUCUGCAGGUUCAGGCAACACCUCCUCAGCCCAUCAAAGUACCACAGUUUAUCCCCCCUCCCAGACUCACUCCACGUCCAAACUUUCUUCCACAGGUUCGACCCAAGCCUGUGGCCCAGAAUAACAUUCCUAUUGCCCCAGCACCUCCUCCCAUGCUUGCAGCUCCUCAGCUAAUCCAGAGACCUGUCAUGCUGACCAAGUUCACCCCCACAACACUCCCUACCUCCCAGAAUUCCAUCCACCCCGUCCGUGUCGUCAAUGGGCAGACUGCAACCAUAGCCAAAACGUUCCCCAUGGCCCAGCUCACCAGCAUUGUGAUAGCUACUCCGGGGACCAGACUCUCUGGACCUCAAACUGUACAGCUGAGCAAGCCAAGCCUUGAAAAACAGACAAUUAAAUCCCAUACAGAAACUGAUGAGAAACAAGCAGAGAACCGCACCAUCACUCCACCUGCUGCACCGAAACCAAAACGGGAGGAGAACCCUCAGAAACUUGCCUUCAUGGUGUCUCUAGGAUUGGUGACACAUGACCAUCUAGAAGAAAUCCAAAGCAAGAGGCAAGAACGAAAACGAAGAACAACAGCAAAUCCUGUAUACAGUGGAGCGGUCUUUGAGCCAGAGCGUAAGAAGAGUGCAGUCACAUACCUGAACAGUACCAUGCAUCCCGGGACCCGGAAGAGAGCCAAUGAGGAGCACUGGCCAAAGGGUGAUAUUCAUGAGGAUUUUUGCAGCAUAUGCAGAAAAAGUGGCCAGUUGCUGAUGUGUGACACGUGUUCCCGUGUGUAUCACCUGGACUGCUUAGACCCUCCUCUGAAAACAAUUCCAAAGGGCAUGUGGAUCUGUCCCAGAUGUCAGGACCAGAUGCUAAAGAAGGAAGAAGCAAUUCCAUGGCCUGGAACUUUAGCAAUUGUUCAUUCCUAUAUUGCCUACAAAGCAGCAAAAGAAGAAGAGAAACAAAAAUUACUUAAAUGGAGUUCAGAUUUAAAACAAGAACGAGAACAACUAGAGCAGAAGGUGAAACAGCUCAGCAAUUCUAUAAGUAAAUGCAUGGAAAUGAAGAAUACCAUCCUGGCUCGGCAGAAGGAGAUGCACAGCUCCCUGGAGAAGGUAAAGCAGUUGAUCCGCCUCAUCCACGGCAUUGACCUCUCCAAACCUGUAGACUCUGAGGCCACUGUGGAGGCCAUCUCCAAUGGCCCAGACUGUGCGUCCCCUGCCACCGCUGCCACCUCUACGCCGGCCCCUUCCCCCUCCUCCCAGAGCUGCACAGCAAACUGUAACCAGGGAGAAGAGACUAAAUAACAGCCCUGUUAGGGACAGCCAUGGGAUCCCGGCAGCCAAGAGAGCCAAACACUGAAGACUCUAGAAAAGCAAAGCCGGAUUUCUUCUGGAAAGUACAGAAUUCUUUUGGUUCUUUGGUUCCAGAGAGAGAGAAGAUGCUUGUGCCAGGGGGCACCAGAGUUUGCCAAUUGAUCCUUCUUAUUCUGUGUGUACAUGCAAAGAUUGGACCAUGUUACAUGAAAUAGUGCCAGCUGGAGGUUCUUUGCCAGCACCAUGCCAAGUGAAAUAAUAUAUUUACUCUCUCUAUUAUACACCAGUGUGUGCCUGCAGCAGCCUCCACAGCCACCAUGGGUUUGUUUUUGUUUUGUUGGGUGGGGAGCAGGGACGGGCGGAGGGAGGAGAGCAGGUUUCAGAUCCUUAUUUGCUGAGCCGUUUGUUGAGGUAGAGAAGACAAGUCCAAAGAGUGUGUGGGCUUUCCUGUUUCUAAACUUUCACUACUAUAAAACCAAAAAAAGGAAGUUGAGAUUUAACCAACCCUAGUGCCCAGAGGAGGGAUGGGGAGAGAAUGGAAGGGAGCUGGGACAGGAAAAGUAAAUCAAAUAAGCAGUAUUUCAUAUUGUCUGGGGUGGGGCAUGGUGCACGGAGAGAUGGACACCAAGAAAAGCCACCAGGUUCUUCUCUCAAGCACUCUGCUCCUCCGCCAUGGGCCCCCCACAACCCCGCUCCCAAAGUUCCUUCCCUGCUUUGGCAAAUGGGCACACAUCCUGUGAGUGACCCGUUCCCUUCCCUGAGAACAAGCAGAGCCGCCUUGCCUCUGAGCUUGCCUCCCGGGGCCCUUGCCGGGGAGCAGGGAAGAAGGGUGUGUGUAUUGGGGAAGGAACUGAAGGUGGAUCGGUGAUUUUACUUGAAAACAAGCUCCAUCCCUUUUCUAUAUUUAUAAGAAGAGAAGAUACUGAGCAAAGCAGCACACAACCCAGGUGUGUGUGAAUUUAAUGGAGACAUUUCUUUUCCCUUUUUAAAAAAUUUUUGGUUUUGUUUUUUUCUUUUAAAGUUUUAUUUUGUUCUUUAUUUUACUUUUUUGGUAACAAAAACUAAAAUAUGGAAUAGAAAAGCUGUUUUUCAGGCUGACAGUCCAAUUAAGGGUAGUCGAGACCUUGCAUGGUAGAAUAGGCGUCAUAGUGUCAGUGAGGUCCAGUGAGUCUGUGUGAGUCCUUGUGUCAUCGUUUGGGGCACUGUUUUUUUUUUAUGCAAGGGCAAAAAUCUUUGUAUCUGGGGAAAACAACAACUUUUUUUUUAAAUUAAAAAGGAAAAUAAAGGAUAUUGAGGUCUUCCUAGUGUUACUUAAGAUCAAGGUAAGAAACAUUGUAAAAAAAAUUACAAAAGUGCUAUUUGUUUCCUAAAAACAGUGAUUUCUAUUAAAAAGG